AUGUAUCCCAGGAUUAAAAGCCUCGCGCUUUACACCUUCUCAAUCAUGCUGCUGGCCUGGGUGUUUUACAUGAAGAAGGAGGCAAAGUUGGCAACAUCAGCAGAGCAGAAAGUGGAUGUGAUGGAUCACAGACUGCAGCCUUCGGUUCUGGACAGCACUGAGCACAGCAAGUGUUUGCCGAACUUGACCGUUGCCAAUUCUUCUCUCGCCCUCCCGGAGCCUCACCGCGUCUUCUUAACCUACAAGCACUGCAGGAACUUCUCGGUCCUGCUGAGGCCUUCCAGGUGUAGCAAAGAGAUGUUCCUCCUGCUGGCCAUCAAGUCUUCACCCAUCAAUGUGGACAGGCGUGUGGCCAUCAGGAACACGUGGGGGAAGGAGGUCUCCAUCGGGGGCAGGCGCAUCAGGCUGGUGUUCCUCCUAGGGCGCUCCGACGCCAAAAUCCAGCUGCAGCCCCUGCACCAGCUGCUGGCUUAUGAAAGCCAGGAGUUCGAUGACAUCUUGCAGUGGGAUUUUGUUGACAACUUCUUCAACCUGACCCUCAAGGAGCUGCAUUUCCUCCGCUGGUUCAUGGAGGACUGCCUGCAUGCCAGGUUUGUGCUGAAGGGUGACGAUGAUGUGUUUGUCAACACUUACAACAUCGUUGAGUUCCUCCGGGAGCUGGACCCUGAACAGGAUCUCUUUGUUGGGGAUGUGAUCGCCAACGCCCGGCCCAUCAGGAACACCAAGAUCAAAUACUUUAUUCCAGAGCCCAUGUAUGGAGCCGCCUUCUAUCCUCUCUAUGCAGGAGGAGGGGGAUAUGUGAUGUCUAGAGAGACAGUGCGUCACCUCCAGAGCACCGCAGAGGACAUGGAGCUCUUCCCCAUAGAUGAUGUGUUUGUGGGAAUGUGUCUGGCAAAGAUGUCAGUGACCCCAAAGAACCAUGCUGGCUUUAAGACUUUUGGCAUCCAGAGACCUUUCAAUCCUUUUGAUCCCUGCUUGUACAAAGAGCUGAUGGUUGUGCACAGACUGAACCCAACGGAGAUGUGGAUCAUGUGGACGCUGGUGAAGGAUGACAGCAUUAGGUGUGCGGUGUCAGUGACGCACAGCUACAGCAGGGGCUGGAAAAGGAGUUACUGAUUAGCCCAGUGGGAUUGUGGCUGGUGACAGAGUACUUAAACUAAAAAUCAGGUCGUGGUAGAAACAUGUCUGUUACUAACAGACCGCACUGGAGCUGUCGUGGUUUGGUUUGCAGUGAGUCUUUCCCUGUCGGGGGUUACUUGAAGCAGUUGAAUUGUCACAGGAUGGGGGUGUGGCUGGUGGCUUCAUGAUGGUACAGGGGACUCGGCUCCUCCCAGCCAGACUGUGCUAGGGGAAGUCACAAGUGCCACCUGCCCUGGUGUCUG